UGGAGCAAACAUAAAAAUUCUAUGAAACAUCUGGCAGUAACAAAUUUCAGAAAUUGGUUCCACCUGAUCAUCGAAUGCAACUGGCGAUUUAUAAUACUAAUUUUCAUCGCCGGCUUUCUUGGCUCAUGGACGUUCUUCGGCACUUUAUACUACCUCUUUACUGUUGUCGGCUAUCAGACCGUAUGUUUUAGAGCAUGGGUAGACCAGAAGAAAUAUCUAUCCAUAAUUUUUUCAGUCAGAUCGACGUUGCAUAGAAAAUAUUUGACGCAUUCGAUAAUGUUUCUUUUUCAGCAUGGAAUCUCAGCACACUAUUGGUUAUGGGUUCCGGCACAGUUUGAAUUCAGGUAUAUGACAGAUAACUGUGCUCCUGCCUAUGUGAUUCUCUCAAUACAACUGGUUGUUGGAAUUUUCCUACAGACAAUGCUAACCGGUAUUGUGUUGGCUAAAGUGCUUCGACCAAAAAAGAGGAAACAGGAGAUGAGGUUCUCUCGCAUGGCGGUAAUCGGGCCGUUAGAUGAACAUGAUCGAAGACCUGCACUCAUGAUUCGCUUGGCAGAUAUCCAAGAAAAAUUAUUUCUAGCAGAAUCACAUGUGCGGUUGUACAUGGCUAGUAGUAGAAUCAAUAAUCGUGGUGAUAGAGAAUUAAUUGGAGUGAAAGAUAUGAAUGUCGGAUAUGACAGUGGUUGGGACCGAGUGCUACUCCUGUGGCCAAUAAUUGUACGACACGUAAUCGAUGAGUCCAGUCCAUUAUACGGAAUUACUAGAGAAUCUCUACUUGUAAGUCAUUUUAUGUCCGUUUGCUUGUAA